GCGAUCAUCAUUUGCCACCUGUCUCUUCCCACUGCUUCCUCUCUGUUUUCGGCCUUCUCGUUCUCAGGUGCAGCGCCGCGGUGAGCAUACAUUUGUCGACUCUCCAACGCAGGCGCCAUGUCCGAAGGGGCUCUCUCGGUACAGGCUGAGGGUAACAAUGCGACCAAGCCGAUACCGACUCUCCUGACGACUGCCAUCGAGGUUCCGCCACCCGAUGCUGACAAGGUCUCUACGCCGACAUCCCCCACGGAGCUUCCUACUGUCGUCGCGACGAAGCCCCCUUUUUCUCUGGCAAAGGUAGCCGCGGACGAUGAGGAGAAGAAAGCCGAGCCUUUGUCGGCGGUAGCGGAAACCGCGACGGAGGAAACGGUAACUUCAGCGGACACGAAACCGACAACUGCGAACAUCCCGGCUGACAACUCUGCGGGGGGCUCGGAAUAUACGGAUGCGGAGGAGUCGUUUGGUACAGCCGAGGCCAAGGUUCAGUCUCUGCCGUCUCCCGAAUUAACCAGCAUCCCACUAUCGCCCGCCGAAGCUCAGGCAACACCUGUCCCUCCUCCAUUAGACGUUCAAACCUCUUCCAAACCUUCAGCACCAGUCGAGUUGUCAGAGCCUCCAGUGCCAGCAACGGUGCUGGCGGGUCCCUCACAGGCGCAUCAGUCUACGGGGUCUAGUGCACCUCCCAGCGACGCGGCUUCAGCAGAAGUCUCUGCGGCGUCUCCUACGACAAAUGAAGUCAAAGCCCCUGCUCCUCUUGAUACUCUCCUCUCGCCUACUGAAACCGAGGGCAAGUUCUCACAACGCGACUCAGUCGCGGCGUCCGAAGUUACGGACGACGAAACCCGGUUCUCUACCGUCCUUCUUAGCGCGCGGCAAAGCCUAGCUACUCCGAUAAAGCUCGCUGUGAACUCCAGCGAGUUAAUCACCGUCGACGAGGGCACAGGAUCCGAAGAAAGCACGCUUGUGGACGACUGGCGGAAGCAUAAGAAGACCGCGUCGAACUCGACGAUCCUCUCCGCGAACAACGUUCCGUACCUCUUGUCGAAGCUCAGCGAAGCUGAAGAGGGCGAGACACGAUCACGACCGAGCAGUCUUCAGGGAACGCAGGCCAUCAAGGAGGGGUUUUACCAGAGGCACGAGGAGGCGAGAGCUGAGGAGGACUCGGAAGAGGCUGUGGACUGGGACUUUUGGGGCGAAGUCAUGAAUGACUAUCAAGGAUUCGCGGCGGCGAAUCCCGAAAGGCUGGCAAAGGCGAUCGAACGAGGCAUUCCCCAGACCCUUCGUGGUAUGAUUUGGCAGCUUAUGUCCGCAUCGAAGGAUCCGGAACUAGAGGCUACCUACCUCCGGUUACUGAAGGAGUCGAGUCCUCACGAGAAAUCAAUACAACGCGAUCUUGGGAGGACGUUUCCACAUCAUGCCUUCUUCACGGAUGGCCAUGGUAUCGGACAAGAGAACCUCUUCAAUGUGCUCAAAGCGUAUUCACUUUAUGAUCCUCAAGUAGGCUAUUGUCAAGGACUGCCGUUCAUCGUUGCAAUCCUUCUCCUCAACAUGCCCGACGAAGAAGCAUUCUGCCUGCUCGUCCGACUGAUGCAUUCAUACGAUCUUCGGGGGCACUUUCUUCCGGAAAUGCCUAGGCUGCAGCUACGAUUGGGGAAUCAGUUUGAGAGACUACUGGAAGAAGUCCUUCCCGUGCUUUACCUACAUUUUGUGCGGCAAGGAGUGAAGGCGAGCAUGUACUGCUCGCAGUGGUUCCUUACUAUGUUCAGUUAUCGGUUCCCGAUGGAGAUCGUCUUUCGAAUAUACGACAACUGUUUAGCAAGCGGUAUUGAGGCAAUGUUCGCGUUCAGCAUGGCAUUGCUGAGCAAGAACGAGGCGACGCUGCUAUCGCUGAAGUUCGACCAGCUGAUCCAGUUCCUGAAUCAGCGCGUGUUCGAUGUAUACCAGAUCGGCCCUGUAAUACCAGGUCAGGCACCAACGGACGUUAGAUACCGCGUGGACGACUUCGUGCAGGACGCAAUCUCGUUGAGGAUUACACCCUUUAUGUUGGACAACUACGCACAUGAGUACGAGGAGCUCGUCCGCGCGCGAGAUGCGCAUAAGCUCGAGAUGGAGAACCUUAAGAACACCAACGCAAGGCUUGUCGCACAAGUGAACAGCCUGGAGUCUGCUAUGGCACAGCUGAAUACGGAGCACUGUCAGGUCUUGAACGAGCUCGUUAUGGCGCGCCUGCGGCAUGAAGAACUCGAAUCCGAGCUCGUGCGGUAUAAACUUCUCUACGCCGAAGCAAUGCAUCAAAGCGAAGACGCGAUGUCAUCCCACCGCAUCUCGCUCGUCGGUAGCAAGCGCGGUAGCAACAGCAGUAGCCGCUUCAGUUGAUAGCACCGACCCAUUCGUCGUAUCACCUCAUUGCAUAUUUCGC